CGGAUUAACGCUGGAAAGACAUUAAAUCCAACCUCCCUCCAUCCACAAGCAGCGCGCAGCCCAUCAACCUGAUCUGAAGAUCGAAAAUAGGAGGGCUUACAGUAAUCAGCCCUUCAGACUCUCAUGACAAGGAAAAGUGUGGCAACGUCGUGAGGGCGCUCGGCACACACAGCAGGACGUUCACUGGCGCUGCGCGCUCUGCACAGAACCAACCAGAUAGCGCGCAGAGAGACAGAGAGAAACGGGGACGGCGGCAGCAUCCCGUGACGGAUGCAUUUUUUAGCCUCAUUCGGACGCUUUGGAGGCUGACAACAGCGAGAGGCAGGGAGAAGCUGGACAGGAAAUAACGCGCUUUCUUUUUUGGAGGGAUUUGAACAGAGUGCCGUUGUGCCCUCGUCUUCUCCGGAUGCUCAGAUAUGGGGGAAUGGACUAUACUAGAGAGGCUCCUGGAGGCUGCUGUCCAGCAGCACUCGACUAUGAUAGGAAGGAUCCUACUAACAGUGGUGGUCAUCUUCCGGAUUCUAAUCGUAGCAAUAGUUGGAGAGACCGUCUAUGAUGACGAGCAGACCAUGUUUGUUUGUAACACCUUGCAACCGGGCUGCAACCAGGCAUGCUACGACAAGGCGUUCCCCAUUUCACACAUCAGAUAUUGGGUCUUUCAGAUCAUCAUGGUGUGCACGCCGAGCCUCUGCUUCAUCACGUACUCGGUGCACCAGUCGGCCAAGCAGAAGGAGCGGCGCUACUCCACGGUCUACCUGACGCUGGACAAGGAUCAAGACUCGCUGAAGCGCGAUGAGAGCAAAAAGAUCAAGAACACCAUUGUUAACGGAGUACUCCAGAACACGGAGAACUCCACCAAAGAAGCCGAGCCGGACUGCUUGGAGGUCAAGGAGAUCCCUAAUUCGGCCAUGAGAACUACAAAGUCCAAACUGCGGCGGCAGGAGGGCAUCUCCCGGUUUUACAUCAUCCAGGUGGUGUUCAGGAACGCGCUGGAGAUUGGCUUUUUGGUGGGUCAGUAUUUCUUGUACGGAUUCAACGUGCCCUCGGUGUACGAGUGCGACCGCUACCCCUGCAUCAAAGACGUCGAGUGCUACGUGUCCAGGCCCACGGAGAAGACCGUGUUCCUGGUCUUCAUGUUCGCGGUCAGCGGCUUUUGCGUGGUGCUCAACCUGGCCGAGCUCAAUCACCUGGGCUGGAGGAAAAUCAAAACGGCCGUGCGCGGUGUGCAGGCGCGGAGGAAGUCCAUCUAUGAGAUCCGGAACAAGGACUUGCCCAGGAUGAGUGUGCCCAAUUUCGGCCGCACUCAGUCCAGUGACUCCGCGUAUGUGUGAGGAGGAUGAGGAGCAGGAUGAGGAAGAGGAAGGUGUGAUAACAUGUACAAACAAACAUAUGAUGGACAUAUGACGGACAGCUCCGCACGCCUAAUUCGUGUCAUGACUUUUCAAAGAGUGGGCAGAUGGUUGGUUUUCUUUCUUUUGGUCUUUUAAGGACUUCAUGGCAGGCGUGGAUGACACGUUUGUUCCCUUAUUUAUUAUUGCACUGAUGCAACUUUUUAGUAACGUUUAUACUCUGUGUAAGAUGCGAAAUUGGAGAUCAUCCAUGUUAAAACGUGUUCACGUAUUUACUUCCUUGUGGGCUGUUCUGCUUGUGUUGGGCUACUUGAAGAGAGUAAAUGCAAAAAAAUUGCACUAAAGAGGCGGGGGUGAACACGUGAGAGCCUGAACCUUAUCCAAAAACGUGCUCUACUGACCUGACGGUGUUUGUAAGACAUUUACUUUUUCCACCUGUUUUUGGCACCAACCUAAUUAAACGGCACCAUACACAGUGGUUAAAGGACAAACUCCACCAUCCAGAUUUAUAUGUGCACACAUAUAUAAAUCCUCGGUUCGACCAGCGUACUUCAUGUUUUCUUUUCUGUUGCCUGUGUUGCACCACUGACCUUAACAUAUGUAACCAUUCCAUUGCUUUAUAGCUGACUUGCAAAACAGUAUCUUGGUGAAUUUGCUGCAAAUGCUAACGUCUGUGACUUCCUUAAUUUAUGACACACCAAAGCGCCCACUGCUUUUAUUUGUGAAGUGUUUUCUUGCUUUUGUGUAAUCAAGUGCCAUACUUGUAUAUAAACAUAAUAUAUAUGUAUACAUAUAAAUAUAUAGAUAUAUAAUAAUCAUCAUGAAAGCUGAUUCCCUUGCUUGGAUUAUGCUAAAUGCCGCCCAAUUUCUUUCUUUCUUUCUUUUUUAAAAAUUUGCUUUCAAUGUAUUUGUUGUGAUUUAAAUGAGGAAAAAAAUGCUAUACAGUUUUCUCUGUUUUCUUUUGGCAAAGGACUGGAAAAAAGAGAUGAAGUGCUAGUCUUUUUUUUUUUUAUAUACAAGAAUGAAAAACGUCUCUUCUCCCAAUCAAAGCUGUUAAAAACUGGAAAAAUAGCACAAAUUGACAUUUUUAUCAAAGAAUGGGCAAUAAAAAUCUGCUCUGGUGCUACAGUUUUUUCAUAGAAUGGUUUUAAAUGUAACCGAAACCGACCAGAAAAAAAAAAAAACACCACGAACAUCAUUUUGUUUCUGUGGAAAAUAAAAGUGGGAUUCAUGUACACCA